UCUUUACAUUGAUUCUGUUACUGGGUUGAAGAGAGAAGGACAAAGAAGAAUCAUAAUUUAUAUAUCUACACUUGUCUGUUCGUUGGUUGAGUGUGGAAAAUGGAUGAAUUUUUCGAUGGCCUAGGUUGUAGAUUGAGGUCAUCAGGAAUGGUAGCAGAUUCGGUAAUGAUUGGGAUUGUGAAUUCUGCCAUGGAAGAAAGAUUUGAUAAAGUGUGUUCUAAGGAAGGGAACAUAGAGAGAUUGAAUGAGAAGUCAAGGUUCUAUGAAUUGGCAAUAUUGCAACUGGAAUGGUGUUUAAAGUUUUUGCAGGAAGAGAUAGACAGCUACAUUGUUGAGAACAAACCUGAACGUGAGAGGUUGGUGUCAGAUUUAACAGAAACCAGAGAUCGGAUUCAGAGACGGCUGGAGGAAACUGAGGUUGCUAUCUCAGAGAAGGAUCGAGAGUUGAAUGAGAGAUUGGAAAAUGAAUUGAAGCUUAGACAAGCUCUGGAAAUGAAAGAUAGGGAGCUCAAAUCAUUGCAUUCAAACCCUAAGCCUAAAAGAACUAAAAGUGAGGGAGCAGAGAGCAGUUGGGUCGAUUGGGAUAAGGGUGUAGAUGGUGAGUUUAGUGAAUUGAGGAACACUGUUGAUCAGAAGUUCUGGAAUAUUAAACAGACACUCAAGGAUGAACAGAUAAAUUUAACGAGGGGUAUGAGAAAAAUUAACCACCACCAUUCGGGUGCUUUCAAUUCUGAACCUGAUGAAGAAUUGAUGGGGGAGAAAAGAAAUUGGCAGAUUUGUAGAAAGACAGUUGAGUUUUAUGAGUUUUAUGAGAAUAAUAAAAGUUGUGAAAUUGAGCCAUUGAAUUUUUCUUCAAGGCCAGAACUGAACACAGGAUUUGAAAAGAUGGGUUCAGACAUAGACAUCCUAAAAGAGACACUAGAUCUUGCUUUUGGGAUGAUGGACAAUGCCAUUUCCUUGUCAGAGGUGGGGCCAAUUGAACAGCAAUGGAGGUGUAACAUUGAGAAAGACAUAUCUGCAAUUGUGUGUAGGGGUUUCCUAAGUGAUAUCCAAAAGAAUUUUGAAUCAAAAGUAAGUGAGGGGAGAAAGAAAGUUACUCUAGGCUUGCUGGGUGCUAGUUGGUCAAAUUUGAUGGAUGAGAUGACAGAACUGCGUCAGGAACUUGAACUAUUGGUUAGUCAAACAGUGAUUCCGGUAAAAGACCGUGACUCAGCCACUGUUCCAUCUCAAUCAGAUGCAGGAUACAAGGUUACAGUUCAAUCUACAAAUCAUUCGAGAGAGAGCAGUGUUUCUGAAGGUGAUUGUGGUUCUGCUGUGGGCAGAUGUGACAUGUCCAACGGAGCCUCUGUGAAGGUUGAUAAACUAGAGCAUAUGGAAGAGCCACUUAAAGAUGAUCAAGCAGGUGGCAGUUGUAACUUCGUCUCUAAGAUUGUAAGAAAUCAUGAGUCUAUCAUAAGGCAAAAAAAUGAAGAGCUGAAUUGGCUGAAGGGAGAAAUUCUAAGAGAAAAGGGAUCUUCAAGCUCGAGAAAGGAUAAGGAUUCUGAUAGUCUCAAGAAAAGGAUCCUUGAUAUUAUUGUGAGACUAGACAAUACUAUCAAAGGGAGUGACAAUCUGGAUGCAAAGUAUGAUGACUACGAAUGUAUUAGUGAGGACAAAAUUUUGCCUUCUAAGAGUUUAUCACAAUAUGGGUUAGCAAGCGACAAAACAGCAGCCAUUCAUGAUAUGUCAAAGGUUCCUGAGAAAGUGGACAGAGAACCACAUUUUUGUUCAGUUGAUUCAGACAUGAGAGAGGUAAUAAAGCAACUAAAACAAGAAAGAGAAGAUUCAAGUUUCCAAACCAUGAUAGCUGAAGAUAUUUAUGUUAUUUUUCUAAGGAAGGAAGUGAAGGAUCACCUUGAGUUAUAUAAUAAUUUUGACACAGAAAGCCUAAUAAAGGAGGAUGUCUUUAAAGAUUUCUUCAGGAAAAUGGUGGAUGAAUGGAACAACGAUGUCGAAAGCUAUAAGUUUGAAAGCCAAAUUAAGGAAGAGAUAUAUCAAAUUGUUUUCAGCGAGGUAGUCAGGGAUUUUUGCUGCAGGGACUGCUUAACCUCAAAAGAAUGUCUGGAAGCAAGGACUGAAUGCGUGGUUCUGGAAGAUUUCUCUUCUACCGACAAUAUGAAUGAACAAUUAGAGGAUCUGGUGAGGGAGGAUGUGUUAAUGAUUUACUUGCAGGAAAUUGUGAAAGAAUGGAAUAAGGCAAUAGAAAGUUAUGACACUGAGGGCCACAUCGGAAAUGAAUGGCAGGAAGCAAGAACUGAAGUCCUCUCUCCUGAAGACUCCUUAUCUGCCGACAAUUUGGUUCAAAAUAUGGAUGGUAUAAUAACGGAUGGUGUUUUAGCUGUUUACUUACAGGAAAUGGUUAAAGAAUGGAACAAAGCCAUAACAACUUAUUCCAUGGAAAGCUGCAUCAGAGAAGAGCUAUAUCAAACAGUGUCGAGUGAGGGUGUGAAAGAUAUUCGUAGCACCCUUAGUUUCACCUCAACAGAAUAUCAAGAGAACUGGGGAAAAGACAACCUUCUGAAAGAAUUGCCGUCUAGAAACCUGUUGAAUCAAAAUUUAGGGGAACUAAUAAGGGUGGAUGUGCAUGCAGUUUUCUUAAGGGAAAUGGUCAAGGAAUUGAACAGGGAUAUAGAAAAUUAUAACAUUGAGAGCCAUAUCAGAGAAGACAUAUAUCUCACUAUUUUGAAUGAGUUAGUGAAAGAAAGUGAGUGCACUCAAGGUUCCAACUUAAUAGUAUGUCGAGAAAACGGAAGUGAAAGAAAUUUUCAGGAAGACUCACUUCGAACUAAUGAUAUGCUCCAAAACAUUGAAACCCUAAUAAGUGAGGAUGUGUUGGCACUUUUCCUACAAGAAAUGAUUAGAGAAUGGAACAGUUUAAUUGAAAAUUAUAAUGUUGUUAGCCACACCAGAGGAGAGAUACAUCAUAUCGAGCCUAGUGAGCUUGUCAAAGAUACUGCCAUCUCUGCUCAUAUCAAAGUAAAGGAAUGUCAAAAUGCUCUAAGAAAUAACUUCUUUCCAGAAGAUUCAUCAUCUCGUAACAUGUUUUUUCAAUGUUUAGAAUGCCUUGUUAGGGAGGACAUAUUAUCCGUUUUAUUCAGGACAAUGGUACUGGAAUGGAAUAUGGAGAUAGAAAGUUAUAUAAUUGAGAAUCUCAUCAAGGAUGAGAUAAAUGGGAUUGCCAUCAAUGGGGCAGUCAAAGAUGUUAAGAUUUACCUAACAGAAUGUCAAGACACCAGGAAUAUGGACAAUUAUAUGGAAGAAUUACCAUUCAUCCAUGAGUUUCAAAGUUCUAAACAGAAGGAAAAUGAGAACUUGAUACACAAAUUGGGUUCUCUGUCCAGAUGUUUUGAUGUGAAGGACAAAAUGACUGUAAGUGAGAUCACUGAUUUGGUGAAACAAAAUCUGCAUCUUGACCUUGUCUCUCCGGAACACAAAGAGUUAGAUGAAAGGAACAUUCAGACUGAAGGGAUGUUGUUUGAAAAUGACAAUGUUCUAGCUUCAGCAAGUAAUAAUCUAAAGAAGACUUGGCGACAAAUAAUUAUAAAUAAGGCUCAGUUGAGGGAAAUGGGAACCGCAUUAGGCUUUGCAGUUGAAGAUUUAGAACAGGUUGACAAUCAAAUUACUCCAAUAAAAGAAAUUACACAAGAUGGAGAGAACUCCUUUGGCUUACCAAAAAGGAAAGAAGAGUUGCAAGCGAUUGUAAUGAAAAUUUUGAAAGAAUAUGGGGAUAUCGAACACAUGAUGAAUGAAAAAUUUAAACGAAAUACUUUGAGAUUGGAGGAACUGCAAUAUCAAUUAGAUAUACUUGUUGAGCAUGUGGCCUCACUACAGAAAAAGGAGUUGCUUUAUAGGAAAGCUUUUACAAGGAGAUGUUUUGACCUUCAGAAGGCUGAAGCUGAGGUUGAUCUUCUUGGUGAUGAAGUAGAUACACUUCUGAGCCUUCUUGAGAAGAUAUACAUAACAGUAAAUCACUAUUCACCUGUUUUGCAGCAUUGUUUUGGGGUUAUGGACAUCUUAGACUUGAUUAGAAAAGAAUUGAGUGGUAUAUCUGUUUGUAGUCUCCAUAAACAAUAAAAGACUUCCAUGACAAGUAUGGUACUCUCUCUCUCUCUCUGUUCCAGCCUCCUUUCUUU